AUGUCUCAUCUGAGAGACUCAAUCCCGCGCAGCCUCAUGGCCGCCAACAACCUGCUCUUCUCGGGCCUCGUCUUCGUCAAGAGCUGGAACGAGACACACGUGUUCAACCCGCGCUGGCCGGCGCACGCGCGCUUCCACAACGGACAGUCGCUGUCGUUCGGAGCCAUGGCGUCGCUCACUGCGACGUGGCUCUUGCACCGUCGCACGCCCACUGCCGACGCGGCGCAGGACUCGCUCCUCCUAGCCGCCAUCGUGGGCUCCAUGACGGCGGCCUCUGGAAUCACCGCGGUCUUCUAUCCCGGUUCAUGGUGGGCGGAACCCGAAUGGGACAACGGCAAGAUGAUGGGCCCGCAGGGGUGGGUUUUCGUCGGGCAGCUGGUGCUCAACUGGGCGCUGUUCGCGCUGGAGAAGUUGCGUCUCCAGGCUGAGGCGGAGAAGGCCGAAAAGGCCAAGAAGAACUGA